AUGGACUCUCUGCUGGCCUUCAGAGAGCAGCCUCUGCUUGAGCUCUGCAACUCCGAAGAGAGCUACGUCCAACGUCUGCAGUUUGUCUGUGACACCUACAUCCGCAUUAAGCUGAAGAUUCUGCUGCACAGCCAACCAGACGCCAUCCCCGAGCUCUUUCUCAGCUCCUGCAGCCGAAUGCGUUCAAUGUACAUGAAGUACUGCGAAAAUCACCUGAAAGCUAUUGCGCUGGUGGCCCAGCACAAGACUUACUUUGAGGAGCUGAGGAUGUACUUCUUUGAUCGGGAUGACAUUCUCUCGCACCUGAUGCAACCCAUCCAACGAGUCACACGAUACCAGCUGCCGAUGGUACAGGCGCUAAAGAUUACGGAACGCGCAAAUUCGCCCUCCAGGGAGAUUUGGCGUGAGGCGGUGACGCUUCUUAAGGACAUCCCGAACGACGUGCAAAUGAUCAUGGAGGUAAGCAAGGUAGUAAGUAGGCGAGUAACGAGGGCACGCAGAAGAAAUCAAAAUACCACAGGAGCAAUUGACGGAACCCCACAACCGCCUUAG